AAAAGUUUAAAUUUUGUCUAAAUUAUACUUAAAAAAUGCCCCAAGGGGAUUAUAUUGAAAAUCACAUUAAAAAAAGAGGCCGCCGUCUUGAUUUUGAGGAAAGAAAACGUAAAAGAGAGGCUCAUUUGGUUCAUAAAAAGUCAGAAUGUUCAAGAAAAUUAAGAGGAAUUAAAGCAAAAAUCUAUAAUAAACAACGGCGACAGGAAAAUAUUAAAAUGAGAAAAUUAAUUAAAGAGCAUGAAAAGAGAAAUAUAAAAGAAAAGAUACCAAAUAGCAUUCCUGAUGGAGCAGUACCGACAUAUCUAUUAGAUCGUGGAGAUGAAAAACAAGCUAAAAUACUUUCGAAUAUGGUAAAACAAAAAAGAAAAGAUAAGGAAGGAAGAUAUUCUGUUCCUCUUCCGAAAGUUCGUGGAAUUUCAGAGGAGGAGAUAUUUAAGGUUAUUAAAACAGGGAAAAGCAAGAAAAAAUCAUGGAAACGAUUGAUUACAAAAGCAACAUUUGUUGGGGAAGGAUUUACACGAAAACCUGUUAAAUAUGAGAGAUUUAUAAGACCUAUGGCUCUUCGACAAAAAAAAGCCAAUGUUACUCAUCCAAAAUUGGCAGUAACCAUGCAGUUUCCUAUCCUCGGUGUUAAAAAAAAUCCCCAAUCUCCUAUGUAUACACAAUUAGGUGUUCUAACAAAAGGAACUAUUAUUGAGGUAAAUGUAAGUGAAAUGGGUCUUGUAACACCUGGAGGAAAGGUAGUCUGGGGAAAAUAUGCUCAAAUAACAAAUAAUCCUGAAAACGAUGGUUGCGUCAAUGCAAUUUUACUUGUAUAAAUGAAUUUUUAUCUAUAUUUCUUAUUUAUAAUUCAUCAUAUAUAAAUUUUCUCUCUAAAUUUGCAUUUUCAUCAUUUAUAAAGUAAUUUCAUA